GACCGGUGACGUGACAUUCAUCCAUCAUCGCUCACGGUGCUGGUAUCGACCAACAGGCCCAGACCUGCCAACGGCCCUUUCCCCAUUACAAAACAGGCCUUGACUUUGUUUUGAUUUUUUUUUUUCGGGCCGAGAGUGAAAGCUAGUUCCCUGCCCCAGUCGCGAUCCCAUCGCUAAACAGCCAACACUAAACAUGAGCCAAGCAGUUGCGGACAUCGGCCUAAUCGGCUUGGCAGUCAUGGGCCAGAACCUCAUACUGAACAUGAACGACCACGGCUUUGUCGUCUGUGCCUACAACCGGACGACCGAGAAGGUGAACCACUUUCUCAAAAAUGAGGCCAAAGGUACAUCGGUCGUCGGCGCUUCGUCGCUUCAAGAGCUGGUCGACAAGCUCAAAACACCCAGGAGGAUAAUGAUGCUUAUCAAAGCCGGGUCUGGUGUGGACGACAUGCUCAAGAGCCUUCAACCCCUUUUGGACAAAGGUGAUAUACUGAUAGACGGUGGCAAUUCAGAGUAUAAGGACAGCGAGAGGCGUAUGGCCUGGUGCAAGGAGAAGGGUCUUCACUUCGUUGGAGUUGGAGUGAGUGGUGGCGAGGAAGGCGCCAGAAAAGGGCCGUCUCUAAUGCCAGGGGGUGACAAGGAAGCGUGGCCACACCUUGCGCCAGUCUUCCAGUCAGUUUGUGCGAAAGUGAAUGGCGAGCCUUGCUGCUCCUGGGUCGGAGACGGAGGCGCGGGCCAUUUUGUCAAGAUGGUUCACAACGGGAUUGAAUACGGUGACAUGCAGCUCAUCUGCGAGGCGUACCACCUCAUGAAGUUCGUCCUGAGAAUGUCCCACGAGGAAAUGAGCCAGACUUUUGAUGACUGGAAUAAGAAAGAGCUCGACUCGUUCCUCGUUGAGAUCACUCGUGACAUACUCGCCUACAAGGACAAAGACGGCGACUACCUCGUCGAGAAGAUACGUGACAGCGCUGGCCAGAAGGGUACAGGGAAAUGGACGGCGAUCAACGCCCUCGACCUAGGCGUUCCGGUGACUCUGAUAGGCGAGAGCGUGUUCGCAAGGUGCCUGUCAUCACUUAUCGACGAACGCCACAAUGCCAGUAAACACCUUGCAGGGCCGAAGGAUACGACUUUCAACGGAGAUAAGAAAGAGUUUUUAAACGAUAUAAAAAAGGCGUUGUACGCUUCUAAGAUCGUUUCCUACGCCCAGGGAUUCAUGCUGAUGCGCGAAGCGGCAAAGGAAUACAACUGGGAUUUGGAUUAUGGUGCAAUUGCUCUUAUGUGGAGAGGCGGAUGUAUAAUCAGAAGUGCUUUCUUGGGUGAUAUAAAAACUGCGUUCAAGAAGGAUAAAAACCUCAAGUCCCUCCUGCUCGAUGAUUUUUUCAAGAAGGCGACCGCUGACUGCCAGGAUGGGUGGCGCCGUGUCGUCGCGCAGUCCGCAUUGCUCGGCGUCCCUGUGCCCGCGUUCUCGACAGCACUCAGCUUCUAUGACGGUUACCGUUCGGAACGCCUACCCGCCAAUUUGCUUCAGGCGCAGAGGGAUUAUUUCGGUGCGCACACGUACGAGCUGCUCGCCUCACCGGGCAAGUUCGUACAUACAAACUGGACCGGUCACGGCGGCAACGUCUCCGCAUCUACAUACCAAGUCUAACGACGUUUCCUUCUCCCUAUCCUUCAAAGUUUAUUUGAA